CUAGACAGACUUCAUGUAGUGUCGAGCUUAAGCAUGGCUGCUGUCGUCCAACCAAGAAAAAAAAAAACGAGUUUGGGGUUGUGAAUCUGUCAUGGUUUGUUUUGCGUUCAUUGGUGAAAACCCCCACCUCCCCCCAACCACGACCACCUUUAGCACCCCCAAUACAAACACAGGCGCGCGAUGCUAAGUCGAUGUUGCAAGCAGGUUGAAGUCCACCAACAGAGUAGCUGUGUUCUAGUGUUGAACAACAUUUGAGUUGACUUUAUAUUUCUCAAGCUGGCCAUCAGAGACGACAACCAUGUUGCAUUUGUUCCUAGUGACGUUGGUUCUCCUGCCGUCUCUAUGCAGGACGUUCGGCGCCAAGGACGAUCAUCUCAGCUGCCGGCCGCUGACCGCCUCUUUCUGCCGAAACGUGGGCUACAGCACCAGCCGGUACCCGGCCGGUGUGCAGGGCUUUAGCGUACAGCAAUUGAGUCAGAUCGUGGAGUCGGGCUGCUCACCGAACGCCGCCGUUCUCCUGUGCCGCGUGGCCUUCCCAGAAUGCUCGGAAGACGACGCCCGCGUGAAGCCAUGCAGGGCCUUGUGCCAGAAGGUGAAGAGCGAGUGCGAUGCCACCCUCAAAGCCAAACGGCUGGCCUGGCCCAGCAAGCUGCAGUGUGAUGCUUUGCCUGAAUCCAACUGUGUGCAGACUCAACAACAACCAUCGUCCUCUCCUGCUGAUCCAGCCAGAGCAUGUCAGACCAUCACAGUUCCUUUGUGCAAAGACCUCCGGUACAGCCAGACGAUCAUGCCCAACGCUUUGGGCCAUGCCACGCAGGAUGAAGCAGGCCUGGAGGUGCACCAGUUCUUCCAUCUGGUCAAGAUCCAGUGCUCGCCACAGCUCAAGCCGUUCCUGUGCUCCGUCUACGUUCCCGAGUGCAGGGCGGGAAAUCCUUGGUCUCCGUGCAGAACUCAGUGCGAGCAGGCCCGCGCCGGAUGCGAGUCCACGAUGAACAAGUUUGGCUUCAGCUGGCCGGAAAGUCUGAAUUGUGAAAAUUUUUCGACGUAUUCCUGUGAGCAGGACCCUGACACCAAUCCUGAGACGACGACGACAGGAACGUGCGAGAGCAUCAGGGAGCCUCUGUGCAAAGAUCUCCCGUACACAGAGACCGUCAUGCCCAAUAUUCUGGGUCACAAGACACAGGAGGACGUCAGCGUGCAGGUCAACGCUUACUACACCUUGGUCAACUUGGGAUGCUCACCCCACCUCAAGACCUUCCUGUGCUCCGUCCUGACCCCGGAAUGCAAGUCGGGAAAAGCCCGGUUACCUUGCAGGACCUUGUGCGAGCUGGUCCGCUCCAGCUGCGAGCCACUGCUUAGAGAAUUUGGCUACGUUUGGCCCGAUUCGCUCAAAUGCGAUGCUUUCACCACUGCGUCAUGCCAGCACUUUGGCGUGGGUGAGGGGGGCAGUAUUUGCGAGCCCCUCACCAUCCCCAUGUGUCAAGGCCUGUCCUACAACCAGACCCUGACUCCCAACCAGCUGGGCCACGCCAGCCAGCGCGACGCCGCCGCCAAGAUGUCCUUCUUCCACUCUAUCGCGCAGGCCACCUGCUCGGCCGACAUCCGCCCCUUCCUGUGCGCCGCUUACGCCCCACGGUGCUCGUACGGCCAGGUCCGCCGCCCCUGCCGCAGCUUCUGCCAGAAGGCCCGCGACAGCUGCGAAUCGCGCUUGGGACGGUACGGAGUCUCCUGGCCCCAAGAGCUGCACUGUGACGCCUUCCCGCUACAUGCCUGUGUCAGCGAUGACAACAGGUCAGAGAUGUUGAAUGCCGAGGGCGUGGCGGCCAGGCUGCAGGCUGGGGGCCACUCGGUUCGCGGAAAAUCGCUGACCCUCAGGACUGCGCGCUUGCUCGUGACGCUGGCAGAUGCAGACAAAUCUGGUGAUCUGGACGUCGCGGAGUUCUUCCAGCUGGACCACUAUGUGGCAGCCGCCAGACGGGACUACCUGGACAGCUACGAGAAGAGGCAGCCACCUUCUUUCACUCAAGCGAACAUGAACGAGGCCCUAACCGUGCGGGGGUUCGAGUUGGAUAAGGACAGCUUAAGGACGCUGUGGUUGGAGUACAACACCCAAGGGUCACUAGACUACGACAACUUCAUUGCUUUGCUGACGCGAAUGCAAAUCCUGAAAGGUCGUUUCCAAACGCACCUCCUCAGUUUGCCAUGUGACUGCCAAGUGGCCAGCUUCUCUUUCAAGCAGGUGGGUUUACUCUCAUAAGACACUUCAUUAGGUACACAAGCCAAUGAUCCUUUCCAAAGAUCGUCUUCACGUGAUGUGUCCACUUUUGACGUUAGCUUCCAAUGUUACCAUUAACGUUAGCGCUCGGGGAGACCAAAGUUAG